AUGUCGUACUAUGAGAAUUCGCGGCCGUGGCCUGCAGUCGGCCAGAAUGCUUGGAACGAUCUCGACAUCGACAGCCAGACAGUCCGCUCGGGUUCGAGCUCUACUGUCCCGACGCAGGGUCUGCCUCCGCCUUCCCAGGGACCGGAGUCGGCCGCCUUUUCACACCAGCUGGAGGAGGUUGACAGAGCCAUCGACAAUCUCGUGAAAAGCGGCAAGAUGUUUGGGGUGCCUGGCCGACACGGCCGACAGGCUCACGGCUCAGGUCCUCGUCCCCACUCGAUGGCGGAAUUCGGUGACGCGCGCGGCGCGCACCAGUCGAACCUGCAAAACUUCUAUGCCAGCCAGAGGCAUCAGUCGUCACGCGGCUCGAGCGACGCAGAACAAAUGAUUCAGGCCAAGCGAAGGAUGGCGGCCCAGCGGGAACGAGAACUACGCAACUACCACCAAGAACAGCAAUACAAUCGAACCGUUCUCGCUGAGCUUUCUUCGUAUGGUGGGAAGCCCGAUCGUACUCUGAGCCCCGGCAGCAUGUCGGAAGCUGAUCGUCGUGACCUGAUUGCCCGCCAGCGGAGCGCUUUGUAUGGCGAGGGCUCGUUUGCAGAGACCGGAGGCUACGUCGACGAGACGGGCACUUCUCGGCCAGGUGUGCCUGCAGCUCACCAUGGGUCGACGUCGUCUCUUCGCGGCCACUCGCCCCUUGCAUAUGACUACGGCCGUGUUCCUCCGGCCGCCGAAGGAGCGGGCGCUCAGGACCCGACGACCGGCUCUCCGUCUGCUGGUGCCAACCAGCGAUCUCGUGCGAACAGCGUGGCAAGCCCUCGGUCGAACACGGGGGAGCAGCAGCAGCAGACGUCGGUGUCGCAGCAGGUGAAUCACACGAGCACGUCGUCUCCAGGAGCCUCACCGAUCAACGGCAAGUCGGGCUCGGGCGGUGCAAGCGGCACAGUUGCGCCCAUUGGUACGCGUCCCUCGACCACAGCGACCUCGGCAGGCGGUGUGGGGACUCCCGGACCAGCGGCUAUGAACAAGCGGGCGUCAACCCCGCUAGCCUCGCCUCUGGGCUAUGGCAGCUCGGGCACGGGCGAGAGUGGCCCAACGACUGGUGGUGGCGUGUCGUCGAACACGGGUUCGAGCGGCGCAGACGGCCCGAUGGGCGUGUCCGGCUGGGGCGGACGCAGUGGAAGCGUAUGGGGCAACGGCAGCAAGCCGGGGAUGGGCGUUCAGGCAAGUGUCUGGGGCUAG